CGGGGCCCGCUGCACGUCGAGUGGUGGACUUGGAGACGUUGCAGCGGCCGGCCGGGCCGAGCGCCAUGCCACAGCUGCCGGCGACCAGGAUGCCGGCGAGGACGGCCGACAACGGCGGGGACGGCGCCGAGUCGUUGAGGUAAAGAAACCGCACCGAACCAGCUCCCCGUCAUGGACACGUACUGCCCGCUCGAGGCCACGGGCCCGGCCGGGGUGCCCGACGACGCCCUGCGCACGUUCAUCGUGUCCAAGCUGGCCCUCGACGUGACGGUGUGCGCUCUCAUCCUGGCCGGCAACGCGCUGACCAUCUGUGCGCUCCUGCACCAGCGCUGGUGCCGCCGGGAGACGCUGUGUCCACGCUUCAAGGUGUCGUCGCUGUUCGUCAUGAACCUGGCCGUGGCGGACUUCCUCAUCGGCUGCUCCGUGCUGUUCUUCCUCGUCUCGCACUACGUGUGCGCCAUCUCCGAGUACAUGUCUCGCCACCGCUUCUUCUGCCUCUUCAAGACGGCCACCUUCAUGUUCUCGGGGGUCAUCUCGGUGACGACGCUGGCCGCCAUCUCCAUCGACCGCUACGUGGCCGUGAUCCACAGCCUGCGCUACCAGGAGUACAUGACGCGCAGGCGCGCGUGCUUCAUCAUCGCCCUGACGUGGCUGGUGGGGCUGCUGGGCGCCGGCAGCCUCUUCUUCUGGAACCACUUCGAGUACGGGCGGCCCUGCCUGGACACGGUCAUCCCGCGCCGCCACAUGGCGCUCAUCGGCGUACCCAUGCACGUGUCCGUGUUCACCAUCAUCCUGGUGGCGCACCUGCGCAUUCGACAGGAGAUCAAGCGCAUGCGCGCGCGGCGCAAGGUGCACGAGAAGUCCAUCUGGGGCGCCCAGGUGCAGCGCAGCUCCAUCAAGUCCAUGCGCGCCGUGGUGCUCGUGGUGGGCUGCUACGUGGUGUGCUACGUGCCCUUCAUGGCGCUGUUCGGCGCGCGACUCAUGGGGCUGCGCGGCCCGGGGCUCGACCUGGCCUUCCAGUGCCUCUGCUCCGUGGCCAACCUCAACCCCAUGCUCAACCCCUUCAUCUACUCCUGGAAGAACGCCUCGGUGCGCACGGCACUGCGCCAGUUCAUGGACAAGGUCAUGUUCCUGCUGGGGGUGCACGACGGCCCGGACGCCAUACGGAAGCUCCCCGCCGGCUCCAGCACCACGGCGACGAGCCUCAGCGGCGGCGGGGGCAGCGGCAGCGGCGUGGCCGUCAUCUCCACGGCCAAGCACCUCGCCGUCGCCGCGCCCCGGGAGAAGUACGUGCCCUACGAGAACGUCAUAUGAGUGCGUUGUCUCACCACCUGCCCGCCCCCCCGCCCCGUGGGGCAAAGGCAGCCCCCUACCCCACUCUCCGAGCGCGCGCGAGUGAAAAGAGAGCGUACAGGCGUACGUGAUGGAGGAGUGACUAUGUUGAACGUGCACUAAACGUAAAUUAUGUUUUCAAUAACGUGCUACUAGUCGUUACAGUUUUUACCACGUUCACAACCUAAACCCCCUGUCCCGCGCCUUUUUUCCGGGAACUUUGUGUGUAUAGUUACGCGUUUGUCUAUCACGACGUGGAAAUAAAUCAUCCUAAGAACUCACAUCCAGAAAA